AUGCAUUUCACACGAUCUGUAUUGACAUUGGCCUCGGCCGGGCUCGUGAUGUCCCAGCGCCCAACAAAUAUGUCCAUAUGUGACUAUUACACGACCGCUCUGCUCAAAAAUAACACCGGUGCAAAUCAGCUCGCCGUUCUGACCCUUGUCGUCAACACGGCUGUUAUCGGCAACUACACUACCCCGAAUGUCGGCAUCAAGGUCGACGGUAUCCUUGCCCCCGGGAUGUACAACGGUACGGAAGUCAACCUUUUACCCUACUUCAACGGCGAUCUUAAGUCGACAAACCGCGGGGGCAAUGCUGGUGUUUCUGUCAAUUUCCUUGAUGGGGGCGGCGCCGACCCCUUGAAGAAGAACAUGGCUGCGAAUGACAAUACAUCCCACCAAUACUUCCUUCUCACCCAUCUGUACGAGUUCUUCGGCGCACUCCUGGGAUGCUCCCAGUACGGCAUGAACGGAUUCCCAGCCUACGAUGGUCAAACGUCGAUGGCCAAAGUACACAAGUUCAUGGAUCUGGGGCCCAACGAGCUUGGGUACUUUGUCCAGCAGGUGGCAAUGUCCGCCGCGUCUUUCGGUGUCGCCAAGGAAGACCUUGAGAUGGUCGGCAUGGCUCUCAACCAGCUGUUCGGCCUGCGAUGCAGCCCACCCGCCGCCGCCGUUCCGCCCACCGAUAAAGAGCUGCAGGCAAUCUGUAUCAAGGAUACCUGCCCUCUCUCGCCCAACCCCGUGUGCGACCAAUAUGGGGCCGCAGUCGCUCCGGUUCCCAACAGCACGACUCCUGCUACAAGUUCGGGAAUGCCUCAGUCCACCAGUGGUUCCAUGACAGGCUCGAUGACCAACUCCAUGACUGCCACAAUGACCAACUCCAUGACUGGUCCGCCAAGUGCUGUUCCGACCGCUGGUGCUGCUGUUCAUGGAGUCAGUGCGGCUGCACUUGCGGCUGCAUUUGCUGCUUUGUUGGCUUGA